UUUUAUCUGGUAAAUAAGUUUGAUACAAACAGUUCGCUAUUGUCACAGUAGACGCGUAUCACUCGAUAGUAGAUCAUACUUUUUUUAAAUUAUUUACUCUAAAAUGAAACAAAAUAACGACGAACCAGCAACAGUGAGUGAUGAAAAACAAGAUGAAUCAAGACGUAGUGAAGAAAAUGAAGAAACACCUCUUAAAACAAGCGAGGUUGAGGGCAAUAAAGAAAAAAAGAAAGAGAAGCUAACGUUUUUACAGAAAUUAAAAAAAAUCAAAGCUAACGUUACCGUUGAACCUAUAAUGGCUUGUUACAUAAUGCCAAGUGUCUUAGCAUCGUUGGCGACGCAAAACUUGAACUUGGAGAAAGCGUGUCGGGUGAAUCUAAAAUUUUCAGACGAAGUGUGCGAUGCUCUCAAUUUAAGGCAAACUGAAAACUAUACGCAAUACGAAACUGAGGUACAAACUUUGAUAGCUGGUAUACAAUCUUGGAAGAAUGUUAUUCAAACUUCUAUACCUGUACUGUUGAUUUUGUUCGUCGGCGCCUGGAGCGACAAGACGGGAAGAAGAAAAGCGUGCAUCAUGUUACCAAUAGUUGGAGAAUUCUUAACGUCUGUCGGAUUCAUCAUUAAUACUUACUUUUUUUAUGAGUUGCCUGUUGAAGUUGCUGCCUUAACAGAAGCCAUAUUUCCAGCUAUUACUGGUGGUUGGUUUACUAAUUUCGUUGGUGUAUUUAGCUACAUAGGUGAUAUAACAACGUUAGAAGAGAGAACAUACAGAGUUGGAAUUGUAAACUUGUUUAUGUCUUUGGGAUAUCCUAUAGGUAGUGCCUUAAGUGGUGUUUUAUUAAACUGGAUUGGAUACUAUGGAGUAUUUUCUAUAUCAACUGUCCUGUAUAUGUUCAGUUUAUUUUAUGGCUAUACAUAUUUGAAAGAUCCAAAAAGAGUGAUCCCAGAAGUGCCAUCAGAAAAAAAACGCGGUGGAUUAAUUGGAUUUCUAAAAGAAUUUUUCGAUAUUUCACUCGUUGUUGAUACUUUCCGAGUUGCGUUUCGUAAAGGAGAAGGGAAUAGAAGACUGAGGGUCGCUAUGCUUUUACUUACAGUUUGUGUCAUCUUUGGUCCUACGCAUGGCGAAUACACGAUAUUUUACCUGUUCACUCGAUACCGAUUCAAUUGGGACGAAGUGCAGUACAGUUUGUGGUCUACAUACGCGAUCACAACCAACUUAAUAGGCACAAUGUUUUCCAUCAGUCUCUUCAGUAAUUACCUGAAGUUGGAUGAUACAUUACUCGGCAUCAUAUCCUGCACCAGCAAGAUCGUGGCAUCCUUCGCUUAUGCAUUCGCCAGAAACGACUUCGAAAUAUAUUUGGCACCUCUCCUGGAAAUUCUGAACGGGACCUCCUUCAUUGCAAUGAGAUCUAUCGCCACGAAAUUAGUCAGCGGAAACGAGUUUGGCAAAGUGAACUCCCUGUUCGGUCUGGCUGAAGCAGCUAUGCCCCUCGUGUACGGCCCCCUCUACUCCAGGGUGUACAUGGCGACCCUGAACGUUCUGCCCGGGGCUGUGUUCCUGUUAGGAGCCAUCCUGGUCCUACCAUCCAUCUUCAUAUUCAUCUGGCUGUACUUUGAACAUAAAAAAGAUGAGAAGAGACAAGCCAAAGGAUCAAACAAGUCAUUGGAUGCUGAGAAAUGUCUGGAUGUUAAGGGUUGAAAUGUAUAUAUUAAACUAAACAAAACAAAAACAAAUAAUGUAUGUGCCUAUGCUGAAGAAUUCUGAGAAAGAAAAAUAUCGAAUUUACUUUUAAACUUACUUAAAACUAUAGGUAACUAAACGAGUUUAACGUCGGGUAGGAAAGUGAGCGUUAAAACCUGUGUUAUUUUCAGUAUUAAGAAUAACGAAUUAACUUUUUGGGUAAUAGUUAAUACAAUUUUGUCAUUUGUCUUAUACCAUUGUGUAAAUUUCACCACAGCCUUGAUUAUAACUUACUUCAAAUAUAACUUUGCGAAGACAAUAACGGUGACUAUUGUAUGUGUGACACAUUUUAGUGGAGCAACACAUAUUUUGCUACUCCAUUUCUUUCCUGUGGAUGUCGUAAAAGGUGACUUAGGAAAUGGCUAUUCAACUUGCGAUUCUUCUUGUAGGCGAUGGAUGGAUUCGUAGAUUUUUUUUACUGAAUAGUGACAGGAUAGGAUACUGUCACUCACUAUUCAGUGAAAAAAAAUCUACGAAUAACGAAAUUCACUGAUCUAUCGCGUCAUAAGGCCAAACUUAUAGAUCCACUUAUACCCAAUCAGAUGUCCUAACGAUUGUUACCAAAAGUACGAUCAUCUCUCGUUAUAUAAACUAAUAAUGCUGCUAACUUCCACAAACAGUAUUCACUGUGUAGAAGCGUUUGAUUGAUCAAAUACGUUAUCUUAAUCUAAUAUUGUAACUAAACAUUCCCCUAUGUGAGGAAAUACUUGGUUAACGAGUUAAGCCCUCAUGCUGAGUAGGAAUAUCUUCGCCAGUGUUGCUCAAAAUAUUAGAAUAUGGACCAAAAAAAAUGGUUUGAAUAAUUAUGUUGAAAUAAGAAGACUCGAAUUCGGGUACGUAAUAUUUGAAAAUCACUGUAGUUUUUAGUGAUAAAAACAGUUGUGUUUUGAAUAAGCCUUGAUAUUUAAUUCAUUUGCGAUGAGCAUUUUAACUUAUAAAAAAUGAUAUUGUACCUUAAAAAAUAUACAUAAAUUAUUGAUGUGGCAAAAAAUCAAUAGUGACUCAGGUAUAAAAAAGUGUUAAUUAGUUUUAUAAAUUACACUUAAAAUUACACGAGAAAUUGUUUAUUUCAAAUAUAAAAAAAAUAAAACUAUAAAAACAUUAAAAUAAUUUAAUUAACAAUUAAUAGUAAUUACUAUUUUUCAUGGUUUAAUUACCAUAAUUUUCUUACUUCCUCGAUAACAUUCAGAACCACUGAGUUUCACCAUUAUUUUGCAUGUUAUUAAUUCCGCGCUUCAUCAUUAUACGCUCUUUUAAUUACAUUUAAUGAAUAAGCGAAAAUUACCUUUUGUAUUAUUCCAGAACCCUUUAUGUGCGCCGCCUUGUAUCUUAAUGAGGUUUUGAAAUUUUAAAGGCUGUUUUGAAAAUAAUUAACGAUCAGAGUGAAUAAUGCGGGAUUACGACAGUUUUGAGCCCACGCUCGACGUUUGAGCGGAAUUUACAAUAUGAAAAGUAAACCCGCCAUGCUGGUCUGGCAGAGAAUAAGACAUAGGUGUGUCCCAGGUUUUGUUCCGUGCAGUUUGUAAAAGCCUUUUAAUA